AUGCAAACGCAACCUUUGAGACCCAGUUCUGAUCAGUUCCAAGGUUCCCACGCUCGUUGGCGCGCUCUCACACACCGCACCCCUUCCUCCCACUCCUCAUUUCUCUACGGCGUCAAAUCCACCAAGAUAUACUGCCGCCCGACCUGUCCUGCACGCCUUGCCCGAAGAGCCAAUGUUGUGUUUUACGAUACAGAAGACCAAGCGCGACGCGAUGGCUAUCGGCCGUGCAAGAGAUGUCAGCCAGAUAAUGCGAGCUUCGUUGGGGAGAAGGAGGAGGUGGUCACACGGGUUCUAGCACUUUUACGCACAAAGCGGGAUGAUCAGAAUCUGAUAAUGAAGCGAGGCUUGAAGGAGUUGGCACAAGAGGUCGGUGUGACGCCGAGUUAUCUUUGCCGUGUGUUUAAGAGGACGAUGGGGCUUACGCUAGGAGCGUACAUGAUAGAAUUUGAGAGGGAGGUAAGCGAGGGCAGGACAGAGAGCUUGGUUCAAUCUCCCAGCACGGUUGGAUCUGGGAUGGGUGAUGUGACAACGGGAAUCUUGACACCCUCAACAACGGCAGGGAGCCCCAUGGCGCCUGUCGAGGGUCCAAAGGAUGGCUUGGCCGAACCACAAGUGGGGAAUGUCGCCGAGGCUCUAGACUUGAACUUUGAUUUUGAUGAAUGGUUCUGGACUGGAGGCUUCGUUCAGGAAGACUAUUGGAAUGAAGGAGCCUUAGAUGAUCUGAAUGUAGACAUUUUAAAUGGUGUGUACAGGUGGGAUAUUUGA